AUGCACCCGCAGGCCUGGCAGCCUCGCUUCAUCUCUCCAUCUGACGGGAAGUUCUUCACGCUCAACCCAGGUGCCCAAGUCCAGUGGAUCGAGCGGCCAUUCCGCAUGCACCCGCAGGCCUGGGAGUCUUCCCUCACUCUCCAGUAUGCGCUCAACCCCCGUGCCCAAAUCCAGCGGAUCCAGUGGCCAUUCCGCAUGCACCCGCAGGCCUGGCAGUCUUUCGUCACUCUCCAGUGUGCGCUCGACCCCUAUGAGCCGAUCGAGUGGCCAUUCCGCAUGCACCCGCAGGCCUGGCAGUCUUUCGUCACUUUCCAGUGUGCGCUCGACCCCUAUGAGCCGAUCGAGUGGCCAUUCUGCCUGCACCCGCAGGCCUGGCAGUCUUUCGUCACUCUCCAGUGUGCGCUCGACCCCUAUGAGCCGAUCGAGUGGCCAUUCUGCCUGCACCCGCAGGCCUGGCAGUCUUUCGUCACUCUCCAGUGCGAGCUCGACCCCUAUGAGCCGAUCGAGUGGCCAUUCUGCCUGCACCCGCAGGCCUGGCAGUCUUUCGUCACUCUCCAGUGCGAGCUCGACCCCUAUGAGCCGAUCGAGUGGCCAUUCUGCCUGCACCCGCAGGCCUGGCAGUCUUUCGUCACUCUCCAGUGCGAGCUCGACCCCUAUGAGCCGAUCGAGUGGCCAUUCUGCCUGCACCCGCAGGCCUGGCACUAG